UUUGCAAUAACUGCUCUCCACAUUGCUUCUAAAUCAUAGCAGUAGUGAUGGACUUGCAGCGCAGUCCUAUUCUUCUACAUCUCUAUUAUGUUCUUUCUCACCUCUAUCAAUGCAAGGAAUUUCUAUUCCUUCAGUUACUCAUUGUUUGCUGUGUUUCUGUUAUAUGCUGCUAUUUAUUUUAACAAUAUCGGCACACAGACACCUCUCUGAUCAUUUAUACUAAUGCAAUUAGUUUUACAGAGUGUGACACUAGGGGAUGAAGAAGCAAACCGGAGGGGUGUCCAGAAGACAGUGCUUGAGAGGAAAGGGCCUUCAACAUUUAGCUGUGGGGUGGAGAUAAUUUCAAAGACUGAGUUGCGAGUUCAUCGCAGUUUAGAAGCAACAGUAGAUGCUAUUCUCUCUGGUCGUUCCCCACAUGUGGAAGUUUGCAAAAUGAGUUCCCAGGGAGUAAAAAAAACCAUAGAAAGGGAACCUGCCUUUCAAACAUCUGCUGAAAAGAAAGAUCAAGUUUUGGUUGAAGAUCUCCACUUGACAGAUGAAAGGAUUGGUCAUAAUAAACUUACUUCUGAGUCUCCUCCGGACAUGGGAGACAGUUCUUUGGAACAUGAAGUACCACUUUGCCUGUAUGUCUAUGGGAUCUUGGAGACAAGUGUGAUUCAAGGGAUCAAUCAGUUGAAAAUGGAUGCUGCAGUUCGAUUAACUGAUAACAUCAGCGAUGCAGAUGCACUACUUGCCUUGCAGUCUAAGCUCAAGAAAAAUGCCAAGAUUCAAGCUGCUGCCAAAUCUCAUGACAUACCCAUUUAUGUGACAAAGACAAGUUCCUUGGAGCAAAUAACAAAGGCCAUAAGGGCAUUGAUGAGCAGUCAUGCUAAUGGAUUGAAGGAUUCUAGAACAGAAGAGAAUACAAAAUUGUCAGAGAAGAUAGAUGCCCUGGAGGAGGCAAGAAUAGCUGUGAUGCAAGUAGUAAUUCCGAAAGGAGAACCUGUGGAGCUGCUCCCUAGGUCAUCACACAUUAUGUCCCUUCAGAUAGAUUUCAUUCGAAAAUACCAAUUAGAAACAGAGAGAAUUGGUACAGAGCCAGAGGCACGCCUCCGUAUCCUCCCAUAUCAGACUAGGAUGGAUGUAAACAACAAGCUUAUUGAAACAAUUGGGACAGAUAGUGGAGUUGAUGAUUUUAUCAGUGCCACUGAUGACACAAAUGGAUCACCCUACAGCGUUGAUAGGUUACCUCUCUUGCCUGACUAGUAGUGACCAUAUUGCAACUUGAAGUAUCACCACGCUUGAUAGCUUUAAUAUGUGUAGCAGAUCAAUAAGUUCUUGUACAUGAGUAUCUAUAUCUGCACUUGCAUAUUCUGGUUCCUUUGCUGAUAUGUAUUGCAUUGAGCAUUUCAAUUUUUUUUUUUAAUAUUGUGCAAAAUUGCAAUUACAAGCCAGUUAGGUUUCUGCUAAUGCAUUUAAUAACACGGUGCUAAUCAAGUAUGUGCCACCACUUCUGUUGUUA